AUGGACAGUUCAUACACACACAUGCAGUGGAUAGCCAUACAAAUCUUCACAGUAAUAAUAUAUGUCACUCUGGAGACAUAUGAGUGUUGAUUUAUUUUAUGCUUUGAUGUAUGCUUGCUAACAAUGCGAGUAGUAUUUGUUUUGUAAUCUCAAAAGCCUGUAUUUUUCCUGCUAAACGCCAUGUGUUUCUCCCAUAAACACAGGUAGCCAUCUCACAUGCUUAAUGGAAGAGUUUGGAAUUUUCCACCACACACUUAAAGCUGUUACACAAGUCAUCUACAUAAAUCAGCUGACCGCUGUGGUCACAUACAGCCGGAGCAAAACACUCGAAUGAAGAUCAGACCUGCAGAGACUUUAUAAAUCACCUGCACUCUUCUGAAUUCUUCUCAUUUCUUUUGAAUACUCUAAAGUUUUUCAAAGCCUUUCAAAAAAGGCCAUCUUGACUUCUUAUGUUGCUUGUAAGUCAUUUUAAAAAAUCUUAAAAACCUCUAAACUCUUUCUUCAUCAUUCUUAGUGUCUUGACACAAAUAUACUUCAGGUUUAUGACCAAUUUCCAAAUUCACCAACUUUUAAACUUUCCCUGCUUUUCUAAAUCUUCUUCAAUUUCUGAGCUGAACUUUUCUGAACAUUUCAGAAAAUUUUCAAACUCUUUGAACUCUUCCUAAACACUUCCAAACUGUUCUUCAACUGCUGGAGAAAUGCUCCAGGUUUCUCCAAGCUUCGAUUUUUCCAGCUUUGGUCCAGUGGAGUUGCAGAGGGCGAGCGGGUCAGAUGGCUGUCAAAGGCAUCGUUCUUGUUCCCUUUUUGAGCCACCAGAUUUGAUCGAGUACCAAAGAAACUUCCUCAGACCUCGGUCCAGAUCCUUCUACAUGUUGGAUAAAAAAGAAAACAGCGAAGACCAGCAAGUUUUUCAGGCAGACGCUGGGAAACUAAACAACAAAGGAGACGUUCACACCAAAGCGCCACCGAAAAGAUCCACAGCAGGAAUAAACAAACAUCUGAGUAAAGAUCAUGGAGGUACAAGAGGAAACCCUAAAAACAUCCCAAUGUUGACCAUCACCGAGCCGGACAGCUGGGAAAUCAGCUCGUGUACUGGCAUGAAAUAUGGUCACUACGUGGACUGGGAGAAAAUCCACCCCGAAGCCGCCUCUCGCUUCCAGAAAGUUCUCAUCAGUGAUCCUUCUGAGCUAAAAGAGAUGGCACGCUCGGGAUUCUGGGUGACGCAGCACACAUUGCAGGCCAAAUCUUACCAACACCUCAUACACCGCAUCGAGUGCACUUCCAGUGCAGAGGACUCCGAGAUGUAUCACUACCUGGCAGGCAGGAUAUUCCAGGAGCACGGGAGGAGCACGCAUCCUUUCCCCAAAUUCAUGAAAGAUGGUGAGAUCCCUCGCUACUGCCUAAACAAAUCCGGCCUGAACUCGGUGAAGAUGAUCCUCCUGUGUGUGAGCGAGAAAUUCCCAGAAAUGACCUUUUGCCCCAUUUUGCCGGCUCUGGUGUCUUUGCUGCUUCACUACAGUGAGGACGAGGCUCAGUGCUUCCACAGCAUCUGCUCUCUGGUGAGAUACACAGAUCCACAAAAGCGCUAUAUCGAUCAGAACUUUGUUACCACCCAUGCAUCCUGCAUGACCUUUGGUGACUUAGCCAACAAGUACUGCCGUGGAAUCCGUAAACUAAUCGCAAGCUCCCAUCAGAGCCUCUUUGAGUUCUACUCAGACUGGAUCAUGUGGAUUUUCGCCGACCUACCUUUCAUCUACGCCGUCCGAGUCCUGGAUGUCUACCUGGUUGAGGGCUACAAGGUUCUGUACCGCGUAGCUUUAGCGCUGCUCAGCCUCUACAAGGUCUCGGUGAGUUCUCGAGUGGCCCAUGUAGAAGAUUUCAAGCAGGACAUGAAGAGCUUCGUGGAGAACGUGAGCCGUCACAGUAGCACUGAUGCUCUGCUUCAGAGAGCCUUUAGCAUCCAGCUGCCUACACGCAAGGAGCUUAACUUCCUCUACAACGCUAACAAACAAGCGCUAAUACAGAAAGGGAUCGAGCACAAGAGCUGUUUGGGCUGUUUGGAUUUGGGACGUGUUCGCUCCACUGUGGUGUCGGAGACAGAGAUGCGAGUGGUGUGGGCCUGGAUUCCUGAGCGCUUCUCUCUCUUCAGCCCAGAACGCCUCUACAGCACUGAAGAACACGGCGGAGACCUCACAGCGUUUUAUGCUCAUGUUGAAGGCCACGAGCCAACGGUGCUGCUCCUGAAAACGGUGGACGAGGAGGUAUGUGGAGCAUUUUUGUCUUCAGAUUGGACUCUGAGGAGGCGUGAGGGGGCGGAGCUGCAGUUUUUUGGCACUGGAGAGUGUUUCGUCUUCACACUGAGGCCAGCAAUGGAGCGAUACCAGAAAACUGUGCUGCACAUCUCAGGGAUGACAGGAAUAAAGGAAUCCUCUACAUCCUCCCCUUCAUCUUCCUCAGCUUCCACUUCCUGUGACGUGAUGACAUCAUACUGCACCACCUGCCCCGCUGUGACCCCUCGCUUCUUGAGCGGAGAUGAUGAGAUGUUAUUUAUUGGUGGAGAUGGUGGACAUGCCCUGUGUCUCGGCACGGGUCUCACAGCAGGACAGUCUGAACGCUGCAACACUUUCGACAGUCCUGUCCUCUGCAGGGGCAAAUUCAAGAUCCAGAGUCUGGAAGUUUGGGGAAUUCAGUAUGGUCCAUUUUAAAGAGUGCACACCCACACACAUACACACACACACACACGCACGUGCACACGCACACACUCACACUCACAAAAGUUGAUGCUAAUUUAUUCGGAACAUGUUUUAUGAUCUGUGAAGGUCGUGUGUAACUUAUUUAUAGAGAGUUUGUUUUCUCUAGUGAACAUGUAGUGGAGUGGAAAUACACCCUGCUAUUAUCCAUCCAUCCAUCUUCUAUACCGCUUAAUCUUCAGGGUCACGGGGAACCUGGAGCCUAUCCCAGGGUUCGUCGGGCACAAGGCGGGGUACACCCUGGACAGGGUGCCGGCUAUUAUUAUUAUCCAUCCCAUCCAUCCAUCUUCUACCGCUUAUUCUUUCUUCAGGCUCACGGGGAACCUGGAGCCUAUCCCAGGGUGCAUCAGGCACCCUGGGAUAGGCUGAUAUUAUUAUUAUUAUUAUUAUUAUUAUUAUUAUUAUUAUGGAUGGCCUGUGAAAUUAAUCACUAUAACACUGACCAUUUCUGUGUUGUUGUUUUCUUUUACUCAGACAUCAUCUGAUUUCAUCAAUAAAACACAAAUGCAAUUAUAUCAUAACUGUUUUGUGCAACUGUGCUCGUAUUGUAUUAUUGUGUUGUCUGAGCCUUCUUUUUUACUACUUGUACUGACUUUAUACACAAUGAAUAAAAAUAGGGCAUUUAAAAACUCUGUGUCUCUGUAUAUUGUGAUGCUUCUGAUCACUCUGUGCAUUAGUUAUGUCUUCCUGCAUUUUAUUUCCUGUCCCUCUAUCUAUCUAUCUAUCUAUCUGUUUUUGUUCUUUACAAACAAGUAUCUGUCGGUGUCACAUUGAUUUGUUUGCUUGCUUGCUUUUUAAUAAUCCAGGUGGUAUAAAAACAUCAUGCUAU